UGCAGAAGAUUCCUACAGAAGAAGUGCAUGAAAAACCAGAAUUGCCAACAAGAAAAGAAAAGAAUGUGACUCCAGUUGAUUUGGGAACAGCCCAGAUGCAAGCAAAGGAACCAAUCCAAGAGAUAGUUAUGGAUGAUGAUAUUGUAGCAGAGAAGGUUAAACCCAGAGACUUUAAAAUCAGAUGGCCUGAAGUUGAUGAAAGUGAUGGAGAGAAGCAGCAAGUUGCCAGUAGUACCAUUGACAUGAAGGAGGUUCUAGAGAAACCAGUUACAGGUGUGAAAACUAAUGUGAAUGAAAUUAUACUACAGAAACCCGUUGAAGAGGAACCAGUAAAAGCUCAUGCAGAGACAAGCAAACCCAAGAGGAAAUUAGUUAGUGAGGGAACGUCAAUGACAGGUGGGAUUACUUCCAAAGAAGAGAUUAGUAUGACAGACCCAAUACCUAAAGAGAAACCCGAAGAGGAGCAGGAAGUUGGAGCUCACAUUGAAGAUUAUGAAGCAGAGGAAGAAACCCAGGAGAUUGUAACCAAUCUUGAAAAUGAAUUUGAAGAGGAGGAAGACCAGGAAGCAACAGAGAGAUUUGAUGAUGAUUUUGAGCUUGAAUCACAGAGAUAUACACCUAUUGAGAAAGAACCAAGAUCAGAAGUACCAACUAUUGUUGCAGGUCUGACUGAAGAAGAAUCGGAUAAAAGUGAAAGAGAUUUUCCUAAAAUGACAUUUAGUAUGAUGUCAUUUGAUAUUAAGAAUAGUGCUUUAACAAGAUCUAAAGACUCUACAGACCCUUUAAGAAGCUCAGCUGGAACGCCUGACACUGUGAGGUCUGCCACAAUGGACUUUCGGCCUGAAAGCGCUGCUUCAUCAACUGCCUCAAGCAUUUUGUCUCCAGGAGCAGAAUCAUCCAGAAGUUUCACCUUUGUCAUUCCACCACAAGAUGCAAGGAACAGUCCCUCUGGAAAUGGCAUGACAAAUGUUUCUUUGACUAUUCCAAACCCACAAAAAGAUGGGCCAAAUAAUCAAUAUGUAGCUGUGAAGGAAACAACAGAGGAAAAGAUUGUCCAGGCUCUUGAUGAGCAUGGAAACCCACUGGCACCACCACAAAGAUCUGUGGAAACUUUAAGAACACUUUUUCAGUCUCCCCAGGAGCCCAACCCUAAUGGUGCCACAGCUUUAAAUAUAGAUUCAACUGGAUCUCUUACCACAGUUGCUCUUCCUUAUCUACCAGUUGGCAACAGAAAUAAUCAGCUAGAAGCCCCAGUGAAAGGAGACAUGCAAACCCACUCGAUGACAUUUAGACCAUUGUCACCGAAUGAGCAGGGUGUAAGUGGCUACACUUUUGAAGAGACUGUGGUUCGGGAGAAGCAGUUUUCUACAAAAAGUAUCAAAGACCCCAGUGGUCCCUACCCUGCUUUGCCCCCAGCUUCUGAAAGACCAACCAGCAGAGGCAGUACUGUACCACCUAAAUCACCAAUGUCACCUUUGCAAAAAGGUUCUGAUUCUGUGGAUCCUGUUUCACCUUCCUCUACUAUGUCAUCUGGUCCUACACAAUGGAGAGGUAGGGGUGAGGCAACAUCAAGGAGCCAAACUGGUUCUCCUAGAAGUGUAGUGCAGCAGGAAUCCCCAGAAGCAUUUUCCCCAUCAUCAACAAUGUCUUCAGGCACCUCUCUGCAGAAAGAAAGAGGCCAGCCACCAGUAAGGAGGUACCAAACUGGGUCUCCAGCAAGAGGGAGGGAUUCUCCAAGCAGACCUUAUUCCCCUUCAGAAAACCGCCUUUCACAACAGCAGCAGUCCACUAAGGGUAGACAUAUGUACCAACAGUCUGUGUCUUCAAGAACUAUUUCAGCAUCUUCCCCAUCUGAAUACCAGGUAUUUGUGAAGGGGCAUGGACCUGGGGGGAGACAAAGUCCGCCCGCAAAGCAUAGUCAAUCACUGAAUAGAUUUCAUAAAGGUCCUAAUCAACUAAGAAGGCAGAGCAACAGUGCAUCUCAAAGUCAUAGUUCCAAUCAGACCUUCUCCAUGCAGAGACAUUUGAGAAAAGGGCAAGUUUUUCAUGACCAGAGAGGUAGUAUGGUUGCAGGAGCCACACAUGAAGAAAAUGUUGAUAGAAGUAGUCUUGGUAGACAUCCUGUAAGAUCUGGUAAGGGGAAGUGGACCAGUACACCAAUGGGCAAUAUCUAA